CAAGGCAAAGAUGAGCGAGUUGUAUCCCCAAUCUUUGGUUUAAGAAAAUUCAAUAAUUGGAUCAAAUCAGUAAUCAUCGGAAAAUUUGCGCAUAAAGAUUCAUAUACUAUCCAAAAUAUACCUAAUCGACCCAUCACUAGAGGAGUUAAAGUUUUAGAAUUAGGCUGUGGUAAAGGUGGUGAUUUAGCUAAAUGGCAAAAAGCUGGUGUAGAAGAACUUUAUGGAUUCGAUAUUGCGGCUGUUUCGAUUGAUCAAGCUCGACAACGGUAUCAAGAAACUUCUCGCCAAAAGUAUUUUGCAAAACUGACUGCUCUAGAUUGUUUCUCCGUUGAUAUUACAACUGUCUUACAGCCUCAAGAAUUAGAAAGACCCUUUGAUGUUGUCUCACUACAGUUCUGUAUGCACUAUGCUUUUGAGACUGAGGAGAAAGCAAGAACAAUGCUUAGGAACGUCAGUACACACCUAAUCAAGGGUGGGGUAUUCAUCGGGACGAUUCCCAACCCAGACUUGCUCAUCGCUCGGUUAGAUAAAAUGAGAGGAGAAAGGAAUGUAUGGGGUAAUCCAGUUUAUGAAAUUACAUUUCCAUCACUUCAACCUAGACCGUUAUAUGGAUUUAAAUAUUUAUUUUAUUUAAAAGAUGCAGUAGAACGUGUACCAGAAUAUAUUGUAUUUUGGGAACCGUUUGUACAAUUAGCCGCAGAGUAUGGAUUAAAAUUGAUUUAUAGAGAAGAAUUUCAUCAGAUUUUUGAACAAGAACGUUAUGAAGCUCAUAAUAGACUAUUAUUGAAUCGAAUGGAGGUGACUAAUUCUGCUGGUCAAUGUUCAAUGUCUGAUGAUCAAUGGGAUGCUGCUGGUUAG